CUAGCGUGUGCCUCGUUACAGGUGGAGGGACGCGAGCCGCCGCGCGCAGCCGCUCCGUCGCCGUCCCCACAGGCCGGCGGCCGCCCGCAGCCGUUUCAGCAGCAACAGCAACAUCAGCAACAACAGCAAUAUCAGCAACAACAGCACGCGGCCGCGCCCUCGCCGCCCGGCACGCGCAUCAUCCCCAUCCAGAUUGAGGGCGCCGCCCCGCCCGCGGCCCCGACCCCGGCCCCGCCGCACCACCAGCCACAGUCCCCGCAGAACAUGCAGCAGCGCAGGCCCGUGUACGUGCACAACAAGUUCAGCCCGCCCUCGCCUGCAUGCACGCCCUCGCCCGCGCACGACAGUGCACCUGCUCAGAGUCCUCGCCAACUGCAACAGCAGCACAGCUGGGGAACUGGAGCAGGUCCAGCAAGCCCAGCUCCUAUUCAGUCAAGAUCCUUCAGAGUGCUGCAGAAGAUUACGGAUACUGAUCAAUCAGAAGAUGAGCAAACAAGUCAACAAAAUCAGUGGAGUCAGCAAACACCUCAACAAAGUCAGUGGAAUCCUCAGUCAACACAGGGUGUUCCAGUGCAUGAAUUACGCAAGUUGCAACUCAGUGAGGAUGAUCGUGCUCUAAUGAAUAAGUUCAAGGCUCAAGUGGAUGAGGAUUCAUUCCUCCAUAAUGAGUCGGACCCUAGGUACAGAGGGGCCUCCAUCCCUUCACGUGCUUUCCGCAUGCUGCAGAGUAUGACGGAUGGUGCAGGUGGUGAUUAUGCUGACCAGCACCAGGUCCCUCGUAGUGGAGGCCCUGUUCGUUCAGGACCUCCCACAAUGUCAGCUCACCAGCCAGCUACAGAGUCAGCUCCACAACCAUAUAUCCCUCCUUCUGAACAACAAGUUCCAGAGCCUCGAAAAUAUGUUGGUGGCAGCAUACCAUCACGUUCUUUCAGGAUGUUACAAGCAAUGACCGGUAGUCCAGAAAGUUGUGUAACUCCAGCAGAAUCUUCAAGUUCAGUUUCUGCCCCCGAAGAAGAAUCAAGUGCUCAAAGUAGUUCAGAUGAAGAAAGCAGUGGAUCGGACACUGAAGUUGAAGAGGAGCAAGAUUCAAAACCUUUAGACAAAAAAGGUAAUGGUAGCGGAAGUGGAAGUGCAUUACAGAUGAUUCGUUCUGUAUCUGAUAUAAAUGUGUACAAAAAUAAUUCUAAAUCAGAAGUUGGAGAUUCUGAAACAAAUGAUGAAGAAACAGAACAAGAAGAAAGUGAGGAGGAGGAGGAGGAGGAAGAAGAAGAGGAUGAAGAGGUGGAAGAAGAAAAUGAGAACGAGGAAAGAGAGGAACAUCUUCCUCAUCAACUUAGUGUUAUAUUUGAGGAAAGUGAACAGAGUGAUGUUGAAAGUGUGAAACAUGCAAAAUCUUUAGGAAACAGUUCAGAAAGUGUGAAUCCAAGUGAGGAUGGAGAUAGUUCCACUGCCACAUUAGAUGAUGGGGAUGAUGACGAUGAUGAUGAAAGUGAUGUUGAUUUUGAUUCUGUUGAUCCAGCAUCAUCAACAGUCACUGUGCGAUUGCCAUUAAAAUUAAAAUUUAGCCGUUCUGCCAAUAAUGAGGAAGUAACAACAGUUAUUGUGGGUAAUAGUCAAGUAAAACGAACAGAAGCAGAACUGGAAUCAUUCACAAAAGAAGUUACUACCAAGGAAAAGGAAGAAACUGUUGUUGCUGGUGGGAAAGACAAUGCUGUCAAAGAUAGUGCUGCUAAAGAGAGUACUACUAAAGGCAGUGCUGCUAAAGACAGUGCUUGUGGAAAAGUUGAUGUUGGUGGUAGAAGAGAUAGUGACACACCUAAUGUGUCAGUUACUAUAUCAUUCCCCUCUAAAUCUAGUCCUGCGUCAAGUCCCACUGAGACUCCAGGUUCUCGCUUCUCUGAUAAUAAUGUUUGUCGACAGAUGAGUACAGAGAGCUUGGAUGUAUAUGAAACUUGUGAGUCAGAUUCUGAUGUGUCUGUGUGUUUGUCUCUUCCUUUGAGAAAGAAAACUUCUGUUAAAAAUUCUCCAAGAUCUACUCCUACCAUAAGCAACAUCUCAGAGGAGGAAGAUGAUGAAAGUAAAACAAAGGCAGAUGAGAGUGAUACAUUAAGUCACUGGGAUGAUGAUUCAAGUAGCACUAGCAUUCAGACUGUAAAGCUAUCUUCAGGCUCUGGCAGAUCAACAGCAUCUGAUAUAGGUAGUAAAUCUGAGAAUGAAGAUGCAACAGUGCGAAACAAAAACCUUAAAGGAAAACAACUUCCAAGUAAAAUUGUUAGAAAACAAGAAUUUGUUACUAUUAAAGAAACUCCAGUAGAUACUGAACAGCCACCCAAAGAAAUAAGCAAAAAUGAUAGUAGCAGUGAAAGUGAGAGUGAGAGUGAAAGCGAAGAAGAGAGUUUGGAAUCUCCUAAAGAGAAGAAUGGCAGUAUUAACGAAGUGAAAACUGAAAUUACAAGUUCCAAGACCAAGGAGGAAGAUAAUAUUGCCUUAACUAAUGGAAAAACAAACAAUGAAGAGGAUGAUAGUAGUGAAGAAUCAGAAGAAAGUGAAGAGGAAGAUGAAAAUGAAACAGAUGCAGAAACAGCAAUUCAACAAAAGCUUGAAAAAAUUAAUGAAGCUGAAGAAAACAAAAAUAAUGGUGAAAGUAUAUCCAGAAACAAUAAGGAAAUUGAUGGAGAAAAUGAAAAUGACACUAGGAGAAGUAAUUCCAAGCUUCAAGAAGAAAGUGAAGAAGAUGACUCAGGAGUUACAUCUGACAUGAGUCGACAGAUAUCUGAUGCUGACACUGACGGAGAUUCAAAUCUGAAUGAACUUCAGUUACAGUGCCAGCGUGUUGCUACACAUUCACGUCUUUUCAAACUAUUACAAGAUGAAUGCAGCAAAAGUGAUGAUGAAGAUGAGGAUGAUAAUGUAAAAGAAGAUCAGGAGAAGAAUGAGAAGGAAGUUAAAAGUGUUGGUCCCGGUGAGUCAGAAUUGUGAAGGACCCUGGCUGUGGAACAUUGUUUCAAAGCUCAACAUGCCCUGCUCUCUCCGCAGCACUAGCCACUAGGAGCAGUGUUCAACAAUCCCUGUUCUUUUAUUGUUGGUAUAAAAAUGUCAGAAUUAUAUUUCAUAACUGUAAAUGUUGUGCUAAAUGGUGUGAAUUUUCCACUUUUACUUGUGCUUUCUGCAUUUGAAAUGUUGUCACUUUGGUUAAAACCAAAUAUAUAAUACAGAUAUUUGACAUGAGGAAAGAAAGCUGUGCACAUAGCUUUGAAAUGGUACAUUUUACUUUUAUUAUAUACUUUGUAAGUUGAUUAAAUAAACCAUGGAUGUAGAAUUAUAUAAAACUUGCAAUCAUGGAUAAGCGAUCUUCAAAAUGUGAUUGUACCUGCUAUACCUGUUGUGCAGUUACUUUGAAGGAAAUGGCAUUUUGAAAUAAGCUAACAAUACUUUCUGUUUGGUGGAUAAGAAUACAAUGUUAUCUCUCAGAGAAAUAGUUUGCUUGUUGCAACAAUAGUUUGAGGCUCAUGAUAUUAUUCAUUAUUUAAUAUUUUUCCAUAAAAAAUAUGAAAUUUAUUCACUCAUCUUUUUUUGUUACUCUGUUAGUUCAGAGGCACUUGAAUGAGUUGCCUGGUUUGUAAUCUAUUUAAGGAUAGGCAAACUGUAGAGAAAGUACAGACCUAAGUGGUGCUUGUAGACAAAAAAUAUAUUUGUCUGCAUGUUUGAACUUCAUGUGGAGAUUGUAAAUGUUUGUAAAUAUACUACUAUUUUCCAUCACGUGUAAUGAAAGAAAUUAGAAGCAAUGGGAACAGUUCUUGUGUCUCACAGAUAGUGUUUUUGUUUAGAAUGCUCUAGGAGUAUGAAAGCAUCCGUUUGUCUUCACAACCAGCACAAGACUAGCUGCCAUGCACUAAAAUUGAUUGCUCCAUGUCUUUUUGUGUGCCUUACUAUGUUGUGCAAAAUUUUUUACUUUCUCCUUACAAGUACUGUGUUGAUACAUGCAAUACAGUAUUUUAGACAAGGUCAUGACAUUUCUUUGAUAUUGACAACCUCCUUUUGUUUGCCAAUUUCUCUUGUGAUUUAAUAACUAACAUUCUUUCUGUGCUAGAAUCGUGUAACAAUGUUGACUGACAUCUUUGUAGAAACAGCUAUUUUGUGUAACAUUUUUAAAAAGUGUAAGAUUUUUUUAUUGAUGAGCUCUGUGAUUAUAUUUCUAUACAGUUUAGGAUGGUACUUGAACACUCAAAGAACAUUUGAGAAAUAGUCAUUCUGAAAUUGUAUUGAGCACAAAUAUUUGUUGUGCAGUGUUUAAAGAAUGAAAGAAAAUAAAUUCUUUUAAAGUGUACUCUUUCAACUAUUAAUGUGUCCUUUUAUUUUAUUUUUGGGCAAUACUGAGUUGUAAAUGUUUCUCAGCAUUGUUUUUGUGAAAUUGGACAUAUUUGGUGUGGUUUAAAAAUAAGGGAAUGGAAAUAAAAUUAAAAAUUGAAAGAUGAUACUGUACUCGAUUUUCUGUGCUUUUGAAGUUUAAUAGUUUUUCAUGGAAAGAAAUAUUAAGAUGAUGGUGUUUGUGUAUAAAUUUUUGAUCUCAUUUCAAAAUUGCUUAUUUUUUGUCUGGUGGGAAAAAAUUGUUUAUGUAAUUUAAUGUAUAGUUUUAAUUAGUAUGGUUCCCAACUACUAGACCUUAAAAUUGUUCAAAUAUUUCACUAAAUGGAAAAUUAUUCUUGUUAUUCAGAGUUUUAUACCUUAUAUUAUGCUUUUUAAGUUUAUUGAAAUGUAAAUAGUAUAACAGUAAGUCAAACAGUAAAGCUGUUUACUUGCAAUCAAGGAAUGUUGAUAACUUUUGUACAGUAGGUUACAGAAAGGGUUCAAAACAUGUUUGUUCAGUUGUCUGUAGAUGGUAUGCAUACAUGUUUUAAAUUUUCAUUACCUUAGAACAGAUCCUAAGAAUAACAAAUCAGAACUGGAAUAUUAGGUACCUAUAUAGAUCAAUGUGUUGCAUUUGUCAUGCAAUUUUAUUCAUGAAAAUUGUGAAGGUUUAUGUGCAUAUCUAGCUGCAGUUACACAUGUUAGAAGAUCUGAGAGAUACAGCCAUCUCCACUUAUAUCUAUUAAGUUUGUAGGUUAAGCGACCUCUUCUCUGUGUUUCUAUUUCCUUGUUUAUUGCUUAUGAGAUUACUAUGUGCAGAAUUAUGUUUUGUAAAGAAAGGAAGCUUUUAAGCUUAAUUUUGACAGAAAAUUUAUUACAAAUGCUAUUUUUGUGUGCUUUGUAACAGGUUUAUAAAUAAAGUAAAUUAAAGUAGAUUUAAUGAGUUGUAUCGACUUUAAAUCCAGUA